AUUUCUUAAUCUACGGUGCAUUAACUACUGAUUGACAUCACUCAAUUGUAUUGAUAUAAAAUAUUAAAAUACAAUUAGUUAAUGGGACACCAAAUCAGCAGUAUAUUCUCCGGUUUGGCCCGGUUCUUUGAAUAUCCAGUAAAAAGAAAACCCAUAUGCUUCUACAGACAAGAAGACUUCACAGCUACGGGUGAGCCUAAUAAGAAAAUAACAGAUUCACAAAAACAUCCUAUGACCGACUAUGAUAAACUAGUGGAUCAAUUUUAUAAGAGAUUGGCAGAGCAACGGCAAUACAAUCAAGAAAUGAAGGACCAGGAUAGAAGAUGGAGCGUACAAAAGGUAGUGAAACGAUUCCCAGGCUGGAACGAAGUGACCAUUGCGAAUCUCCACAGUUUGUUCCUGUUGUUUGAUGAUCAUUCAAAUGGGAUGCUCGGUUUUGACGAUUUCUGUGCUGUCCUGGAAAGUUUGGGCGAUGAAACAAUAAUGGAGAUACGGAAGGAGAAAUUCACUGCGGCCGACAGCGAUAACGACGGGUGGAUCACAUAUGAUGAAUUCUUAUCGUUAGUGUACAACUUCAGCCCGCAAGAAAAUGGCCAAAUAUCGGGAUUGGCUUUGCUAUGUAAUGAGGUUGCAGAAAACAUACAAUUCGUUAGUAACCUCACCGUAGGCGAGCAAUUAGAAUAUGGAUUGUUUUAAACGAUAGAACAAUAAAAAUUCAUUUGAUUCAUUUUUGUUUCAUUUUAAUAUUCAAGUACGCAAAUAUAUACUUACGUAUAUCAUCAUCAUCAUGUUAGCCGUUAACUGUCCACUGCUGAACAUAGGCUUGCUCCUAUUGGAGGGUUUUUCCA